ACUCCAACGACAUCCCCAGCGGCGACGCCUGGGCCUUCCCUGAGGCAGACCGGCGGCCCAGCGAGGCAGCGUGCAGUUCUUACAAGAAUAUGCGGGAUGGUCUGGAAGACUACAUUCUGCGUGGGAAACUGGCUGGUCCGCAUGAAUUUCCACAUAUGGCGGCGCUGGGCUUCAACGUCCCCAACACGGAGGGCCUCAGCUGGCUGUGCGGAGGGACCCUCAUCAGUGACCAGUUCGUCCUCACCGCGGCCCACUGCUGCGCCAACAGGGUCACGGGACGGCCAGUCACGGUGCGUCUGGGAGUGAACAACCUCACGGCGACAGCAGGCGGCGCAGACUACGGCAUCUCAGAAGUGGUGCUGCACCCCAGCUACAGGAAGCGGCAGUCGUACGGCGACAUCGCGCUGCUGAGGCUGGACAGGAGGGUGGAGUUCAGCGACGCCGUCUUCCCCGCCUGCCUCAGCACGCAGGACGGAGACCCGCCGAGCUUCACCGCCGCCGGCUGGGGCGCCACGAACGCUGCCGAGGGCGACGCCUGCCGGGACGGCUCGUCGGCGGGCAGGUGCCUCCGCGUGCGCCGCUGCGGGCCGGCGCUGCAGGCCAUCCGGCGGGGGCGGCCGCCACCCCCGCGCUGCGGCUUCGCCGGCCUCGAGGAGGUCGUCUGCUGCGCAGACGUCGCAGGCCGCGAGGGCGGCGCUGCCGACCUGGCCGACGUCGACGCCGGCGACAGCAACGACAUCGCGUCGAACAACGGCGCCGACGCGGCAGCCACCGACCGGCCCAGCGUAGCAGCCUGUGGCGUCUACAAAGACCAGUGGAGCGGCCCGGACGACUACAUCUUGGGCGGAACAACGGCCGGUGUUGGAGAGUUUCCACACAUGGCGGCGCUGGGCUACAACCUGCCGGAUACGGAGGGCCUCAGCUGGCUGUGCGGAGGGACCCUCAUCAGCGACCGAUUCGUGCUCACCGCGGCCCACUGCUGCGCCAACAGGAUCUCGGGCAGACCGGUGAGCGUGCGGCUCGGGACGCAGAGUCCCAGCUCGGGGGCGGUCGGCGACUCCGGCUACGGCGUCUCGCGGGUCAUCCUGCACCCCGGCUACAGCCGGCGCCAGCGCUACCACGACAUUGCGCUGCUGGAGCUGGACAGGAGCGUGGACCUGGGCGGCGCCGUCUUCCCCGCCUGCCUGGACACCAGCUCCUCCGCAGACGGCGCCGACUUCCUCGCCACUGGCUGGGGGGCCACCAACGCUGCUGGAACGCGAGCCAGCUCGGUGCUUAUGAAGACUACAAUAUUUCCAUUCCCAUUAUCGGACUGCCAAAACGCUUACAAGGAUAAGUUCCCAAGAGGACUGAAUUCAUCGGUCAUUUGUGCUGGAGAUCCGCAAGGAAAAACGGAUACGUGCGUUGGCGACUCCGGCGGUCCUCUGGUGAGGGGAAACAAAGCGCCCUACACUGUGGUCGGAAUCACCAGCUUAGGGCCAAAGCCGUGUGGCGGCACAGUGCCAAGUAUAUACACGCGCGUCUCCAGCUACGUGGGGUGGCUGGAGAAGCUCGUCUGGCCCUGACGACGGCGGCUAACAGCACGGCUAUCUCAGGGAUACUUAACAACUAUCUUCGUGGCAAUUAGCACAUAACUGUAACCAAAAUCGUACUGUGAUUAAUGUGAGGCUCGUAGUGGACAAAUUACUGAGCAAAGAACAGUAUGCGACAAAUGAAGUUCACACACACACACACACACACACACACACACACACACACACACACACACACACACACACACAAACACACACAAACACACACUCACACGCAAGAGCACUCAUCCCCAACUAUAAAAUACAUUAAAACUCAAGCAGCAAUUAUUAUUAGCGAAAUAGCUAUGUAACAUAGCUACAUGGUUUUCGUGUAAAUUGAAGCUAGUCAUUUUUGUAAAAGGACUGUAAUUUAUUAUCCAAGAGCUGUGAUAUUUAUUUAUAAGUAAUGUUACUCUCUGGAAACCAGUAUAAAGGAAAGGAGAAAAAUAUUAAACUAUUAAUUCUUUGUGUGAUUAAAAUCCCCCACGGUAACUGUGACCACAAAGUCACUCUUGGAGUAACUCCCAAGAAACACUGUAUUUUAUUUCCUGUCUCUGUGUACAAUACUUAUUUAUUAUAAUAUUAUAAUAAAAGAUUUUAUACAAUAA